AUGAAUGUCAAGAUAUUAUUAAGGGAGGUCUGCCAGUUUAUUGAUAUGCGCAAUGAAAGCAAUGCGAACAAUACGUUGCUUAAACAAUUGGCAAGCAAAGUUCUAUUUGCGCUUAGUUUGAAUUUCUUCAAUGCUGUUUUUAAUAGAAUCAGUGCCAGAUUACAGGAAUUAGCGGCAAGUUCCGAGGAAAACCCCGAUUAUACAGACAUAGAAUUAAUUCAACACAUCAAUGUGGAUAUUGUUAGACUUAUACGCUUGCUUACAGAAUCUAUACAAAAGUUUAAAUUGUUAAGGAAGUCAGCACAUUUAGUUUUAGUUAACUCCCUGGAGAAAGCUAUAUGGAAUUGGAUGGACACUUAUCCCCAGGAAUUUGCGGAAGUGCAAUGUCGGCCUAAUGACGAGCUAAGCAAGUGUUGCGAUACGCUGUUCGACAUUUUGCAAGACAGCUUCUCGGACAACAAGAAGAGCCGUGUGGCCAUGUGGCCUUUGCAGAUCAUGCUUUUAAUUCUGAACCCGAAAGUUCUAGAAGAAAUCGUGAAUGCAGACAGUGGAGCGCCGUGCAGCCCCAGACAUACGAAGAAGAAGCACUUCAUAGAUUCUGUUAAAAGAGGACUUAGUCCUCAAAACAACUCCAAACAGAUGACAGAAGCAGCAGUCGUGACUUGUGUGAAGCUGUGCAAAGCAUCUACAUACCUGAAUAUUGCUGAUUCGGGGAACGUUACGUUUGUUCUAGUUAAAUCUGUGAUUAAUGAUCUCAAGUCUCUCCUCUUCAACCCUUCAAAAUCGUACAUCCGAGGCAAUCUACUGUCAGUAUACUCCGAACUGGAUCUGAUGACAGACUGCUUCGUGUCUCUCUUUCGCAUAAUGCCUCAUAACAAUGACGCAUUGAAGGUCUGCUUGAACCUAAACACGCACAUAUCUUACCAUUACGUCAUCGUUAACUCCCUUUUGAGGAUAAUAAAGCAACCGCGUCUGCCUUGGUGGCCUCAAAUAGAACUGCUGUACCCGCGAGCGGCAGAACUCAGGGCCAUGUUCACGGACACUCUGAAUAAGGCCACGCAGGGUUUCAUAGUACACACCCCGCUACGUAUGAUUUCGCUUUCACUCAAAUCGAAAGAGGUACAAUCGAAAUUCAACAAGUCAGAAGAAAUGCCGGCCUAUAGAAACUUACUACUUGCCAUGGUGAAGCUAAUUCAUGAAGACCCUAUGUUGAUGUUGAGUAAUCCAGGACGUAGCGGUGUAGAAAUACAAUCAUCUACCACAGAGCUGAUAAACGGUCUAGUGUCUCUGAUACACCAGACAGGCAUGGGCGAAAUAUCUCAAGAAGCGAUGGACGCCUUACUGGCGUUACAUAGGCCCGAUAGAGUUCAUAUGUGGAAUCCCGAGGCGCCGCUUAACACCUUUUGGGACAUAAGUUCGCAAGUACUCUACAAUAUAAGUCAAAAACUGAUACAACGGCAAAUAUGCAACUACCGUGAGGUUCUGCGUUGGCUAAGAGACAUUCUAACGUGCAGGAAUGAAUUUUUAAACAAACACAAGGAGUAUGCAAAUGUUGGAUCGCAAAUACCUAUUUGUAAACAGGCGCAUAUUAAAUUGGAGGUGGUAUUCUUCAUGUGUCUAUGGUCAAUAGACACAGAUGUAGUCCUUGUCGCAAUGUCAUGUUUCGCCCUGCUCUGUCAAGAAGCCGACAUCAGAUGUGGCAGCGACGAGAUAACAACUCAGUGCUUAUUGCCUAACUACACUGUGUUCCAAGAGAUUGCCCAUACGUCUACAGUGCUGACCACUGGUUCAGCUGGGCUUCAAAAACGCAUUAUGGCUUUAUUGAGGAAGAUUGAACAUUGCGUGAAUGGCGUACAACCCGUCUGGGAAGAAACCUUCCGUUGUUGGGACUCGAUAUGCAAGUUGCUACAGAAAUACCCGAAAGGUACAGGCGACAAAAUGGAUGAGUGCCAGAUUGAGGGAUUACAUCGUGCAGUCGCCAAACGUCGCGUAUCCCAUCACAGCAGCGAGCAUGAUUUUGAUUUACAAAUCCAAGAGUGGGCUAACAUCACGUCGUUUCUCUGCGCGUUAGGCGGCGUUUGCCUACAACGACGACCUUCCACUAUGUGGUCACAUCUACAUGGACACGACUCGAGGAAAUACAACGUUCUCGCAAACAGUUCACAAGAAGUACAAUAUUGUCCAGUCACACAGUUCAUUGGCCAGCUUCUUCGUUUACUUCUCUGUAGCAACGAGCGUUUCGGUCAACAAAUACAAACACACGUCAAGGAGCUAGUUGGCAACGAGAUGUCGCCAGCGUUAUAUCCGAUACUUUUCGACCAGAUCAAAGCUAUUAUUGAUAAGUUCUUUGAUCAGCAACAACAGGUAAUGUUAACAGAUAUAAACACUCAAUUCGUGGAGCAUACCAUCUUUAUAAUGAAAAGCAUACUCGAUAACAAGAAGAGUGUAUCGCCUUCUGAACAUUUGAGUACUACAUCUAUUGAAGGACUUAUGUUGGCCAUAGUUAGAUACGUCCGCCAUUUGGACAUGACUGUCUUAUCCGUACAUAUAAAAACGAAACUGUGCCAAGUCGUGGAAGCUAUGAUGAGGAGGCGAGACGAUCUGGCCUUCAGACAGGAAAUGAAAUUCCGCAACAAAAUGGUAGAGUACGUGACUGAUUGGGUUUUGGGAACUAGUCAUCAAAUUGCGCCGCCCUUACGGUCGGACUCCACGUCUAUAACAAGUUUGCUUACCAGAUACCUAGUAUGCUGCAGGGAGCUCGACCAGGCUUGCAUGGAGGCAGUAGCAGCGUUACUCAAGGGAUUACCGCUGCAGCCCGAAGAAUCUGACCGAGGGGAUCUUAUGGAAGCCAAAAGUCAACUGUUUCUUAAGUACUUCACUCUCUUCAUGAACCUCCUAAAUGACUUGCACGAAGUGGAAAUGGCGGAAGGGCCAGGCAGACUAGAAACGCUGCGCCAAGCUACCAUACAGGCUAUGUCCAAUCUGCUCAGCGCCAAUAUUGACUCUGGACUCAUGCAUAGUAUUGAUCUGGGUUACCACCGCGAUCUACAGACAAGAGCAGCAUUCAUGGAAGUGCUAACCAAGAUACUACAGCAAGGAACCGAGUUCGACACACUUGCAGAGACCGUAUUGGCUGAUCGAUUCGAACAGCUCGUGCAGUUGGUCACUAUGAUCUCAGACAAGGGAGAACUGCCUAUCGCCAUGGCACUGGCCAACGUGGUGAGCACAUCACAAAUGGACGAACUGGCUCGCGUGUUCGUCACUCUUUUCGAUGCCAAACAUUUGCUCGCUCCACUGCUAUGGAACAUAUUUUAUAGAGAAGUUGAGGUUUCAGACUGCAUGCAAACUCUCUUCCGUGGUAACAGCUUGGGCAGCAAAAUAAUGGCGUUUUGCUUCAAAAUAUACGGUUACGGAUAUCUGCAGUCCUUGCUGGAGCCUUUAAUAUCUGCGCUGCUAGACCAGGCUCAGGAGCAACCGGAGCUGAGUUUUGAAGUCGACCCUGCUAGAUUGGACCCAAAUCAGGACAUAGAAGUGAACAGAUCGAAUUUAAUCGACUUGACAAAAGAGGUGUUUGAUCGAAUCGUGAAUUCGGCUGACAAGUUCCCGCCGCAAUUAAGGAGCAUGUGCCAUUGUUUGUAUCAGGUACUAAGCAAAAGAUUCGCACAGUUUCCGCAAACAAGCGUCGGCGCUGUUGGCACUGUGCUCUUUCUGAGAUUUAUAAACCCCGCUAUUGUAUCACCUCAAGAAAUGGGUAUAGUCAACCGUCCAGUACCACCACAAGUGAAAAGAGGCCUAAUGCUUAUGUCAAAAAUACUACAGAACAUUGCAAAUCACGUGGAGUUUUCUAAAGAACAACACAUGCUACCUUUCAAUGAUUUUUUGAGAUCACAUUUCGAAGCAGGACGCAAAUUCUUCAUCCAAAUAGCAUCAGACUGUGAGAGCGUAGAUCAAACAUCGCACAACCUGUCUUUUAUAAGCGACGCAAAUGUCGUAGCUUUACACAGGUUGUUAUGGAACCAUCAGGAGAGGAUAGGGGAUUAUCUGUCUUGUAGCAGAGACCAUAAGGCCGUUGGGCGACGGCCUUUUGAUAAGGUGGGGCCGACAGCUCUUCAAAUUACAUCGGUAGAAAAAACAAAAGUGCUCGGCUUACCUGUGUUGUUAAACGACGUCUAUUACGCUUCCGAAAUCGACGAAGUGUGUCUUGUGGACGAUAACCAGUUCUCACUGUCAAUAAUCAAUGAAGCCACGCCGCUGAGUUUCAUACACAACGACUGCGACAAUAUUGUGCAGUCUAUAAUACAUAUUAGGAACAGAUGGGAACUAAGCCAACCAGAUACAGUUUCAGUUCAUCAAAAAAUCCGUCCAAAAGACGUCCCCGGUACACUGUUGAACAUGGCGCUAUUAAAUCUCGGUUCCUGUGACCCCAAUUUAAGGACUGCUGCUUACAACCAGCUUUGUGCUCUGACUGCAACUUUUCAUUUGAAAAUUGAAGGGCAGUUGCUUGAAACUUCAGGUUUAUGUAUACCAUCAAACAAUACCAUCUUUAUCAAGUCAAUAAGUGAGAAACUGGCUGCCAACGAACCACAUCUUACGCUAGAGUUUUUGGAGGAGUGCAUUCAGGGUUUCAGAGGUUCCACAAUAGAACUUAAACAUUUGUGCUUGGAAUACAUGACACCUUGGUUGGCCAAUUUAGUGAGGUUUUGCAAACCAUCUGACGAGUCCCGUCGCCAGAAACAAGUUUUAGGCAUAUUAGAAAAGCUGAUAACACUGACGAUAGAAGAAACUGAGAUGUACCCCUCGGUGCAGGCUAAGAUUUGGGGGUCUAUAGGGAAUGUACCUGAGUUGAUUGAUAUGGUGCUUGAUAGCUUUAUACAGAGGAGUGUCAAGUCUGGUCUUGGUUCGCCGAUGGUGGAAAUAAUGGCGGACACAGCAGUCGCACUUGCAUCCGCUAACGUACAACUGGUCUCUAAAAAGAUUAUAGGACGAAUGUGCAGGGCCCUAUCCAAACUGCCUAAUAAUAUCCUGGGCCCCGUUACCCCGGCCACAGUAGUAGACAAAACGUGCCACUCACCGACGGCCAUGUUGGAGCAGCAUAUGAUGUGGGAUGACAUUGCGAUACUUGCUAGAUACUUGUUGAUGUUGUCGUUCAACAACUGUUUGGACGUGGCGCGCCAUCUUCCAUACCUGUUCCACGUUGUAACGUUUCUUGUCUGCUCUGGUACGGUUUCAAUGAGAGCCUCGACGCACGGCCUUGUUAUUAAUAUCAUACACUCUCUUUGUACAUGUAACACACCCAAUUUCAGCGAGGAAACUCAACGCGUUUUAAUGUUGUCAUUGGAUGAAUUCGCUUUGCCGAAGUUCUAUCAGAUGUUCGGCAUAUCGAAAGUGAAAUCGGCCGCAGUCACCGCAUUCAGGAGCGGGUUCCACAGGCAUAACAACGAUUGCAGGUAUUCCCACGCGGAACACGCGUACGGCGCUUGCGCAGAGUCCUCGGCGAUGCUAGCACCGCCUGCGCCUACCACGCACACGGACAGGGAAAGACUGCCACUGCAGUCCUUGGAAACCAUCACUGACGCGUUACUCGAGAUCAUGGAGGCUUGUAUGAGAGAUAUUCCUGAUUGCGACUGGUUGGACACUUGGACAUCGCUGGCGAAGAGUUUUGCGUUUUGUUUCAACCCAGCUUUACAGCCACGAGCUUUGAUUGUCUAUGGAUGUAUUAGUAAAAACGUGAGUGACGGCGACAUGAAACAACUGCUGAGAAUAUUAGUAAAGGCUUUAGAAUCUUUUAACGAUCUUGCGUUGUUAGAAGCUCUCAUUAUGUGCUUGACUCGACUGCAACCUUUGCUACGACCGGAAUCACCAAUACAUAACCAUUUGUUUUGGGUCGCAUUAUCAGUAUUGCAAUUGGACGAGCCGACGUUGUACGCCGUAGGGCUUGCUUUGAUGGAACAGAAUUUGCAUACAUUGGAUUCACAGGGCGCCUUCGAAGCAAAGACGUCUGCUAGAAUGCUUUUCAAGACUCAGAGAUCAUUUUCAGUGCCUACUUCAAAAGAUUCCAUAGGACCCCCUAGGGAUAGCGAAGGAAGGGCCCAUAGCAUGCAACAUGGUGCGACUGGAGAGGCGGCAAGGACGGAGCAGGGAGGUGAUGCCGAUAGUGGUCUAGAUGUGGUUGAAGAUGAUGGUAGGGGUUCUCCAGGCAGCACGGACGAAACGACUGAACGGCCCUCCUCCACAAAAUCCGGUGAUAGUGAUUACCCCGAAUCUUCUACCAAGCAAGCAUCAACUGACAAAGACACGACGAGUCCAGAAAGCAACAGCCUCCUAGACCCCUCAGUGUUGUCAGACUUCACUACGCAAGCCUUGGUACUCACAGUGCUGGCAACACUGGUCAAAUAUACCACAGAUGAAGACGAGAUACGAAUAUUGUACCAGUAUUUAGCGGAAGGGUCUGUGGUAUUCCCAAAAGUAUUUCCAGUUAUUCAUAGUUUGCUUGAUAUGAAAAUAAACCACGUGCUAAUGCAUUGUCACGAUCAAGUCAUACUGAGCGCUGUGCAGAGCAUUAUACAGAACAUGAUAGCAUCGGAAGACGCGAGUCAGCAACAGCUUCAUUACAUGCAAAGCUGUGGCUUCGGCGGGCUUUGGCGAUUCGCUGGACCUUUUACCAAGAACCAAUGUACGGCCGAGAGCAGUGAGCUAUUCGUGAAUUGCCUCGAGGCGAUGGUAGAGACGUGUCUACCCGGUGACGACACUGCAGCCGAGCGGGCGCCGCCACCUGACCCCGAUGUCCAUCCCGGCGAUACAAACGCCAGUGACGUUCACGAUACUACGCCCAUGCGAUAUGCAGGUGUCCACCGCCAACCCACAAUAUACUGCACAGGCCAGGACUCCUGACCCCACCGCUAUCCUGACGAGGAAGUUCUAGAACCACGUCGCUGCAGCAAAUCUGACAACACCAUAUAGCAUUUGCCCACAUUGUACGAUCAUGACGGUGGAGAUGUGACCUUCAAUGGGAUGGGUGAAGUUAUUAAUUUUAUUCUUAAACGCAAUAGGCUUGAUGAUGUUGAUUAAGGUUUGAAAGCGGAAAAUACGCAUCUGAUUUACGCGCGUUUAAAUAUUAUAAGAUAAACCGUAAUUACGAGUUGCCAUAGCUAUGCCUCCCAGUGACCAUGAUAACUUCUUUUGUCUACUAGAGAAGCGGAGCUUCGGAAGGGAAUAGAAGCGAAUUUUUGUAAUCAUAGCAUAAUUAAGUUUACGUCAAUAUUGUAAUAUACAAACUAGAUACGAGCCCAAAAAUAGGGAACUUCCGCAGCUAGUUUGGACAUUGCGCACUUGACAAAGUUAAUUGUUCUAUGUAUAAUUUCGUUACAAAUAUUUGCUUCCAUUACGUUCCGCAACGAUGUAACGUUCAGACCGUUCUGACGCUGAUUGUACGUGCAAAUAGGAAUUUUGUAUAAACUAAUGCAUUACUAUCUUCAUCAUUACGACGCCAUAUUUGUCUUAUAGUAAGAUUAUUUACUUACUGCAGACUCGGCGAUAAAUCAUCGGAGCGGGACAGCGAUAUUGCGCUCUCUCCAAUUAAGAUUUAUUAAUUUCA